GAAACGGCUUUUUCCCCCCCUCUUCCCUGCUCCCUCCUUUGGAUCCAAGAAGCAAACUGGCGCGAGGUUGCUCUUGAUCCCGUCUCAACGGCUUUCGGCUUGGAAGGUGGGCUGGAAAGGAGGUAAUGAUCCAGCGUUAGCAUCGCAUUGCUCAUGAUGAUGUCCGGACUGCCGGAAGCCUUGAGCCGGCUGAGAGCAAAUUCUCUCCGUAGUUGCUUCAGCCUGGCAGGGCCCUCAGAGUCCACCAUGGUGGCUGUACCCAUCGAUAUUGACAAGGAUGAAGUUCGGAUCCUCAAGGUUUGUUUCCACAGCAACAGCUUCAACAUGGGCAAGAACUUCAAACUGGUGAAAUGUACAGUCAUGACGGAGAUACGGGAAGUAAUAAAGUCAAUCCUACAGAGUGGAAGAAUUGGUCCUGAUAUCCAGCUUGCUGAGUGCUAUGGAUUACGCCUGAAGCAUGUGAAAUCAGAUGAGAUCCACUGGCUUCAUCCAGACAUGACAGUCGGGGAAGUCCAGGACAAAUAUGAAUGUUUGCACCUUGAGGCUGAAUGGAGGUAUGACCUCCAGGUCCGCUACCUCCCUGAAGAUUAUAUUGAACGCUUCCAAGAGGACCGGACAACGCUUCUGUACUUCUACCAACAGCUCCGGAGUGAAUACAUGCAACUUUACGCGAGCAAAGUAAGCGAAGGGAUGGCCCUACAACUAGGCUGCCUGGAGCUUCGGAGAUUCUACAAGGAUAUGCCCCACAAUGCUUUAGACAAGAAGUCCAACUUUGAAUUCCUGGAAUUCUGACAUUUAUGCUGAGAUUCCGGAUGAAGCAUCCAGACCCAUAUCUGGAGCCCAACAGUUUGUGAUUUCUCGAGAAGAUGUUUCCCUGGGCAGGAUCCUGGGAGAAGGUUUCUUUGGAGAAGUCUAUGAAGGUGUCUUCCUCAAUGAGAGUGGAGAGCGGGUUAGUGUUGCUGUGAAAACCUGCAAGAAAGAUUGCACUGCUGAGAACAAGGAGAAAUUCAUGAGUGAAGCAAUGCUCAUGAAAAAGAUGGACCAUCCCCACAUUGUGAAACUGAUUGGUAUCACGGAGGAGGAACCAACAUGGAUUGUUAUGGAACUCUAUCCUUAUGGAGAG